CAACUUAUUAACUUAUUCAAUACCCCUCUCUUUGUCCAAAUUCCCCCCUUCUCCUCAAUCAACCCCACCACAACCAUGUCCCUACCCAACAACCGCGCCCUCCCCAUCCUGGACCACGCCUACCAGCACCACUACGGCAUCCCCGCCAUGUGCUGCUACAACCUCGAAGGCAUCCUCGCAACCGUCCGCGCCGCCGAAAAGCUCCGCUCCCCGGCCAUGAUCCUCCUCUUCCCCUGGGCCCUGCACUACGCCGGAUCCAUCCUCGUGCACGCCGCCGCCGAAGCCGCGCGCAACGCCUCCGUCCCGAUAACCGUGCACCUGGACCACGCCCAAACACCCGAAAUAGUCCGCCAGGCAGCGGACAUAACCCCCGGUUUCGACAGCAUCAUGAUCGACAUGUCGCACUACGAGAGAGCCGAGAACCUAGCGUUGACCCGCGAACUCGUGGCAUAUUGCCACGAGCGCGGCAUCGCGACUGAAGCGGAGCCAGGGCGCAUCGAGGGCGGAGAAGACGGCAUCUCAGACACGGCUGAUCUUGAGGGCGUGUUGACGACACCUGAAGAGGCGGAGGAGUUCGUGAAUACGGGGAUUGAUUGGCUUGCCCCGGCUUUUGGGAAUGUGCAUGGGAGUUAUGGACCCCGCGGGAUUAGGUUGGAGUAUGAUCGGUUGGAGAGCAUAAGGGAGAGGGUGGGGGAUAGGGUCAGGUUGGUGUUGCAUGGGGCGGAUCCCUUUGAUAAGGGGAUUUUUGAUAGGUGUAUUGGGGCUGGGGUUAGUAAGAUUAAUAUUAAUAAGGUGUUGAAUGGGGAGUGGGUUGGUGUUAUGGGGGAGAAGGCUAGUGGGAAGGGGGUAGGGGUUAUGGGGUUGGUGGAGGAGGCGACGGAGAGGAUGGAGAAAGCGGUGGAGAGGUGUAUUGAGGUCUUGGGGUCGGGAGGGAGGUAUUGAUUGAUUUGAUUGAUUUUGUAUUGAUCUUGUUGUUGAAGUUGUGGAGUGUGUGGGGUGAUGGGUGAUGGGUGAUGGUGAGAAGUGAGUGGUGUUUCGGUUUUAUACUACUUCAUGUGGUGGUUUCCCUGUCUUGGUAUAUCAUAUAGACAUGAUGCGGUCUAGUUAUUUGAUCUACUGAUAAUCUCAAUUGAUAUAUUGCUACUAAUGACUAGUAGCGACUUCAACUGUCUUCAUGCACGGGAGAACAGAAUCUCUGUGAUACUAGCAAGGUUUUGUCUACCAGUGAACUGAAUAUAUAUUCAAGGUAGCGAAGACAGGUCUAGACCAUGAUGGCAUUUGUUAUCAUUUGCUACCAGGUGAUUCUAGGCUUCAACUACUAGUUUUUCUGUUAGUAGUUGGAUAUUCAAAUGAGGUAUUUAGAUCACUUCAAUGCCAAUUCCUUGAAUACAACGGUGUAUAUUAUAUAUACACCACUUUAUAUAAAG